GUGGCGGGUAAACCGCAAUACAUUACAAGAAGGUUUAUUUAGCAGCGUGAGUGAGUUGAAAUUCUGCGACUAUUAAAUGCGAUAAUCAGCUCUCAGGCAGAGUAAAGACAGCACCAUGUUGAAGAUUUCUAAACUUGACAUUAAUUUGCCACUGGAGCUGGUAAAGACAUGUGCAGCACUGGCAGACAGCCAGCUGUGCAAGUUUGUGGCCACAAACGAAGAAGGAGAGUUUCAACACAGCAUUGAGGUAAAAAAUAAAGAAGAUGGUGUCAUAUCUUUGGAGCUCUCAAACCUUGAGAUAGGAUACGAAAGUGGGCGAUUUGUUGCCCAGAUCAUGAAAGUGUUUCAGGUAUUCCAAGGAACCAUUGGUGCUCCACAGAAUUACACAUCCCAACAUGACCUUUCCCAAGACUCAGCUUUGAAGCCACCAGCAGAUGGCGCAGUGCAAACAGGAUGGGCAGGGGUCAAAGCAGGCCACCCAACAUCCAGUUCUUUUGUAGACUUAACAGAGUCCAGUGAGAAAAGGAUUGUUAGUGAUAAAGAUACAAACAGUCACAGGUCUAUUCAGACUAUACCUACACCUAUUACCAUUCAAGACAAUGCAAAGUUGGAGAAUAGAUUCAAUGAAGUAGGCAAUAAUUCCAGGACCAGUGAAGGGGAGGCCUCUUCAACAGUCUCCCCAGUGCAUCUUUACAAAAACCUGUGUUCUAAGAGACCAGCUUCAAGUUCUAUAAAAGGACAAGAGACGAUGCCACUAAAACGUCCAUGCACUUUGCCACAGGCAAGUGAUACAAUCACAGAGGUGGACAUUCAUGAGACCCCGGAAUCACACGGGGAAGACUCACAAUCCAAUGAUAAUAAAGACAUAGCUCUGAACACAAAGCUCAUUUGCAGUAUACAGGAUACAGUGGAAGUCAAACAAGAGUUAGUAGAUAUUGACAUUGGUUCAGUGAUGCAACAUGUAGAUGUACCAGCAGGAUUUGAAAGUAGUGUGUCUAGUAAUCAGCCAAUGUGGUCAAUGCAGCCGCGUGAACACAGCAAUCUCCCACCAAUGAUACCUACCUGGCAACACUCACUAGAUGGCAGUCAUAGUCAAGAUAUGCCUUCAACAUCUGUGCAACCUGCUGCUAGGGGUAAAAAUUCAACCUACGCGAGUCAACAAAAGAGGUUCACCCCAAAAGAUGAUUUGAUGCUAUUGAGGGAGGUGAUCACCCUCAAUCCAUUUGCAGGAGGGAGAGCCAAAUGGGAGGAGGUGGUCACCAACCUCAAUGUUUGCUCCCAUAGCAGCUUUAACAUCAAAAGCUGCCAGGCGAGGGUCAGAACCCUCAAACUGGCAUUCCAAGAAAAGACCAUGCAGUCUUUGAAGGCAUCAGGAACAGAUGAGGAAUUGACUGAGAGGGAAAGCCUUCUCCAAGAACUUCUUUAUCUCUUGGAAGAAAAUGCAGCUACUGAGAACAGCGAAAAAGAGAAGAAAAAAAGAGAGGAGAAGGAAAAUGUGGAUAAGGGCCUCAAAGUCCGGGAGGCAGCCAUGCUGUCUCAGAGGAGAAAACCAGAGCCAGCAGAUGUGGAAGAAACUCAGCAGCCCUCCACAAGCACACAGCCAUCCACGAGCAAGAGGAGACACUCAAGCCCCAGUUUUGAAGAGUAUUUUGAAUUAAGGAGGAGACAGCAGGAGCUGGAGACUCAGCGCUUUCAACACGAGACCCAACGCCUUGAACAAGAAAGGGCAAGGGAUGAGAAAAUGUUUGCCAUGCUUGCGAAGCUUAUUGAAAAAAAUAAAAAUUAGGCAUGGCAAACAUUUUAUUAUCCCUUGCCUUUUGCUGAAACUCAGAGUACUUUGUUUUGUGAAUUCAUCAGGGAACUAGCUUAAUUUAUGGGAAAUAAUUUGUAUUAUUUUAAUUCAUUUUAUGACGAUAAAUGUAAUAUUUCCAUUAGUACAGGUGCAAAAAGUCAUUUUCUAUCAGCUGAAACUCCUGUUUGUGAAUUCAGCAGUAAACUUGCUAAAUUUGUGUCAUAAAUGAAUUUGUAUUCAAUUGAAUUUCAAAUUAAGUUGUAUAUUUUGUGGGUUUUUUUUACUGGGGUGUAUUUCAUCAUAUUAAAUAAAGGAAUUAUCCUGGUUUAUAUCAAAGAAUUAACAUCUUUUCUAGUGAACCCAAGUAAUAAUGUAGCUAUAAUGAAUCCAAUUGUACAGGAUUUUAAGAUGAUAAGUCUGACAUUCCAAGUGCCAAAACUAGUUCUGCCUUCAGCUGAAUCACUGUUUGUGAAGUUGACAGUGAAUUUACUCAAUUUGAGACAUGAAGCUCUUUGUACAGUUUUUUAAAGACAUUUAAGUGUUAUAUAUUUCAUUUCGUGCCAAAACUAAGUAGGGUCAAUACUUUUUAAGGCUUAUGUACUGUUCGGAAGCCUUUAUAUUUGUAAAUGACAAACUCAUUAUGCAAUAAUGAUAUAGUGAAUAAUGACGUUGUUCUGUUUUACAUUUUUCUCAGAUUACAUAAAGAGAUGGGAAAACGGCUUUCGUAGAAAUGAGUGCAUAA